AUGUCUUUCGAUUCCGGCUUGUCAGGCCGUUUCCAUAAACGGUCCAUGACUGGUUUCACUCCAACGGAAAUUAAAGCAAUUGAUCAAUCGAUCCCAAUUAAAGCCAGAGAAGCAUGGACUAAGUAUGCUGCAAGAGAAUUCACUUCUCCUGACCAAUUAGAAUCGCAGAUUAUCAAUCAUGUCGAAACAACCUUGGCCCGUUCCAUGUACAACUGUGAUUCGCUAGCUGCCUAUCAAGCUCUAUCCACUUCUAUAAGAGAUAAGCUGAUUUUGCAUUGGAACAAGACCCAACAGAUGCAUACUCUUCGUGAGGUUAAACGUAUCUACUAUCUUUCUCUUGAGUUCCUUAUGGGACGUGCAUUGGAUAAUGCUAUGAUUAAUUUGGGUAUUAAGGAAUUGUGCUGUAAAUCCACUGAUGAAUUGGGCUUCAAUUUAGAAGAUGUCAUCGACGUUGAGCCAGAUGCUGGUCUUGGUAAUGGUGGCUUGGGUCGUUUGGCUGCUUGUUUCAUCGAUUCUAUGAGUACCGGCAACUACCCUGGUUGGGGUUACGGUUUGAGAUACAACUAUGGUAUCUUUUCUCAGAAAAUUGUCGAUGGUUAUCAGGUUGAGGCUCCUGAUUAUUGGUUGAAGUUUGGUAACCCUUGGGAGAUUCCUCGUCACGAGAUUCAGAUCCCUGUAGAUUUCUACGGCUACGUUAGUACUACUACCGAUCCUAAGACUGGUAAAUCUAAGAAGCAGUGGCAAGGUGGUGAACAGGUUUUGGCUGUAGCUUAUGACUUCCCUGUUCCUGGUUACAAUACCUCCAACGUUAACAACUUACGUUUGUGGUCUUCUCAGCCAACUUCGGAAUUCGACUUUCAAAAGUUCAACCAGGGUGACUAUGAUAGUUCUGUUGCUCAGCAGCAAAGAGCAGAAUCUAUCACUGCCGUCUUGUAUCCUAACGAUAACUUUUAUCAGGGUAAAGAGUUGCGUUUGAAGCAGCAGUUCUUUUGGGUGGCUGCCUCUUUGCACGAUAUUGUCAGAAGAUUCAUGAAGACCAAGAAGAAGUGGUCUGAAUUCCCUGAUUUGGUUGCCAUUCAGCUCAAUGACACCCAUCCUACUCUUGCCGUUGUUGAAUUGCAACGUAUCUUGGUCGAUCUUGAAGGAGUAGAAUGGAACGAAGCUUGGGAAAUCGUCACCAGAACUUUUGGUUACACCAAUCAUACUGUGAUGCAAGAGGCUUUGGAGAAAUGGCCUCUAGACUUGUUUGGUAACCUUCUCCCUCGUCAUUUGGAGAUUAUUUACUCUAUCAACAUGCAAUUCCUACAGAUGGUGGCUAAAAGGUUCCCUCAGGAUAGAGAAUUGAUUAGAAAUGUGUCCAUUGUCGAAGAAUCCGAUCCAAAAAAUAUUAGAAUGGCAAACUUGGCCAUCAUUGGUUCCCACAAGGUCAACGGUGUUGCCGAAUUGCACUCUGAGUUGAUUAAAACUACCAUUUUCAAAGAUUUUGUUAAGGUUUACGGUGCUGAGAAGUUCACCAACGUUACCAACGGUAUCACACCUAGAAGGUGGUUGAAGCAAGCCAAUCCUAUGUUGUCAGAUCUUAUCACUUCGAAAUUGGGCUCUGAUGAGUUCCUCACCAAUACUGUCAGAUUAAAGCAGCUUGAGAAGUUCAUUGACGAUCCAGAGUUCCGUGAGGCAUGGAUCGAGGUGAAGCUUCAUAACAAGAAGAGAUUGGCACAGUUGAUCAAGAAGCUCACUGGUAUUGAGGUGAAUCCAAGUAGCUUGUUCGAUGUUCAGGUCAAGCGUAUUCAUGAGUACAAGCGUCAACAGAUGAACAUCUUUGGUGUUAUCUAUAGAUACUUGCAGAUCAAGGCUACUCCCGAAUCGGAGAGAGCAGGCAAGUUCUUUCCUAGAACCUCUAUUAUUGGUGGUAAGGCUGCACCAGGUUAUUACGCAGCCAAGAAGAUCAUCAAGUUGGUGAACUCUGUGGCCGAAGUAGUUAACAAUGAUCCUGAUUCAAAGGGAUUCUUACAGGUUGUAUUUAUUCCAGACUACAAUGUUUCUAAGGCCGAGAUCAUCUGUCCUGCCUCUGAUAUCUCAGAACAUAUCUCUACUGCAGGUACAGAAGCAUCAGGUACAUCUAACAUGAAGUUUGUGAUCAAUGGUGGAUUGAUUAUUGGUACCGUUGAUGGUGCCAACGUUGAAAUUACGAGAGAAGUUGGUGAGGAUCAGAUCUUUCUAUUCGGUAAUUUGGCUGAGGAUGUGGAAGAACUUAGACAGGACCAUCAGAUGGGUAAAUUGGAGGUUCCAGAGCCGUUAGAGCAGGUGUUCGAUGAGAUUGAGAAGGGAACUUUUGGUCCUUACGACGAAUACAAGUCACUCGUUGAUUCUGUUAAGUAUCACGGAGAUUACUAUUUGGUUAGUGAUGACUUUGAGUCUUAUUUGGAGGCCCAGAGUACCAUUGAUAAGGAGUUCAGAGACAGAGAAAAUUGGGUCAAGAAGAGUAUUAUUUGCGUUGCCAAUAUGGGAUUCUUCUCCUCUGAUAGAUGUAUCAGGGAGUAUGCAGAGAACAUUUGGAACGUUGAACCAGUUACUGAUCAAGUUUAG